UACGUGACAGUACUUACUUCUGCUCUACCAUAAAUCUAUACGCCUAACCGGCAAAAAAAUGCCACUUAUUUGUAGGACUUAUUUAUUGCCUUGUAACUUAUAAAAAAAUAAUUAGCAUGGCUCUCAAUUUAACAGAAAUAUGCGUGUAACGAGUAGAGGGAGAAAUAUGUGUGUUUCACAUACAUAUUUGGAAAAUGAAGAUAGAAAAUGUACAACCUAUAACUUAUAAUAGUUUUACUAUAAUUGAAGUAAAUGCGCGAUGAUUAAUAGCUCGUGUGAAUAAAGAAGUAACUUGUACACAAAAUAUGUUUAAAAACAUCGCAUCUAUAUCUAAAGAAUUAAGGAUCGAAAUCAAAUGUUUUGAUAAAAAUGUCAAACCAUUAAACUUCAAUAGGGUCGUCGACAUAAAACCUACUGCACCGGUGUCAACAUCUAUUAGCAAUGUUUUCAAAGCUUCCUGGGCUUUCUUUUUAUUGGUAUCAUCAAUCACCUUUCAAUCAGUGAUUUACUUAACCCAGGCCGCAUUUUUCUGUUGUGCCUCGCUCAAUCGACAGUGACAAAUUAAGUUCUAUCGCUCAAUGGCUUUCGUGGGCCACUUCGGCUGUGAUACGGAAGAUACUAAUGGACUUUAUUGUCCCUUUCGUUUAGCAUAAUCCUAAAUUAUGGCUUUGAAUUUAGAAGUAAAUAGCUUUAUUGGAUAUUCGAUCAGAAGACUAAACUUUGCUUUGAUAUAUUUUGUUCUUGUUUUGAAGCAGAUUUUUUGAAACCCGGCAGUUUUAUUGUUACGUCUUGUAAAUAUGGGAACAUAGACGUAGCUCUUUGUAUUGGAUGGCGGCUGCCGAUGCUGCUUAACGAUGAUCGCUUCGCUCAAUAUUGUUUGUGCAAACUGUAGGCACAUAAGCUCGCAAUUACAGAUGCCGUAAGGCGUCUAGCUUAGGACCAAUAUGUGCUUAACUGUAAUCGCUUAGACAUUGGUGGCGUAGCGUGAAACAUAAGCUAUCCCUCGCUACUCCGAAAUCCGUAUUCCGUAUCCUACGGGACAAAUUACGUAUUUGUCAAACAUAAGUAACAUUACAGGCAUCACUAAAUUACUAUGCGCCGCCUUAGGUUAGACGGGUCUGUAAGAAUGAGUUCUAUUAGGCACUCCUUUUUCCUCGUCUCCAUCUCUACCUUUGUCCGAUACUCGAUUACUGAUUGUUUCAAUCGCAUUGCUAUAUCAGACCUUUCCAUCCUGAUCCUUGAUAUUAAUUUAACUAGAGUCUGUCAGGAAAGAGGAGUCGUGAAAUAUAUGAGAUCUAAUACAUUUUCCGCACAGACUUUAGUGUUUGAUUAGAAGCGUUAUUAAGCUGGGCGCCGCGUAGACCAUACUGUAACAAUCCACUUAUUUAUAGAUUGUCAGCUUGAUUUCUGUGAUUGACGCAUAAACCCCGAACAGUUGUGUCCAAGUGUUGUGAUUAGCAAGUGGUUGUGUAAUGUGUUGAGCUGACCUGUUGGGUGUAGCGGAGUGGCGGGUCGGUAGCGCUUCAUGCAGGGGCGCGCGGCCGCAGGCCCGGGCGGGCUCCGCUCCAACCCGCGCGCCCUUCCGCCGGUGCUGCCGCCGCCGCCCCAGUUCGCGACCGACCAGGAAGCGAUGCCGGCCAACCAGAUAGCCCAGGUCAUCGCCCUAAUAUGCGGUCUGCUAGUGGUGAUCCUGAUGGUGCUUGGGCUGGCGUCGGCAGACUGGCUGAUGGCGGCGGGCUGGCGGCAGGGGCUCUUCAUGCAUUGCAUAGACCCCGAGGCUCCCACGCCGCUGCCCUUUGACAUCACGGCGCAGCCCGGCUGCUACGCUGCCAGGCCUACCUCUUAUAUUAAGGCGUCGGCGGGGCUGUGCGUGGCGACGCUGGCGGCGGACGUGUGCGGCGCGCUGCUCACGGGGCUGGGGCUGCGCGCCGCCGACCACCGCACCAAGUUCCGCUACUACCGGUUCGCGGUGCUCGCCAUGUCACUCGCACUGAUGUGCAUCUUAAUAGCCCUAGUCAUCUACCCGGUGUGCUUCGCCGCAGAACUGAAUUUAGGAAACCGAUCGGUGUGGGAGUUUGGCUGGGCCUAUGGCGUCGGCUGGGGCGCCGCCAUUUUCCUGUUUGGCGCCGUUGUGCUCUUGCUCUGCGACAAGGAGAGCGAGGAGCUCUACUACAAGGAACGAAAAGUAUGUGUCGAUGCAAUAUGA